AAUGCUACUCCUGGAUAGUGUAGCAAGUGCUCAGUCUUGACUAUCAGGCGGGGAUGACUCCAGGGUUCCCGGGUGAUCCUCACGGCCAAUAUAUAUACGAAUGAGAAUGACACCCUCUUCGCCCCGGACAUUUCUUGCCACGACACACAGCAAAAACUGCCACCAUGAGCUCCAGCUCGCGCCCGCACGCCGUGCUGAUCCCGUACCCGGCGCAAGGCCACGUCACCCCGUUGCUGCACCUCGCCAAGGUGCUCCACGCCAGGGGCUUCUACAUCACCUUCGUCAACUCCGAGUACAACCACCGCCGCCUCGUCCGGUCCCGCGGCGCCGCCUCGCUCUCGCUGCCGGCCACGGACGGCUUCCGGUUCGAGACCAUGCCGGACGGCCUGCCGCCGUGCGACAACGAGGACGUCACGCAGGACAUCCCCACGCUCUGCACGUCCCUCUCCACGCACGGCGCCGAUCUCCUAAGACACCUCCUGGCGAGGCUCGUAAACGAUGGCGAGACGCCGCCGGUGACUUGCCUGAUACCCGACGGCGUGAUGAGCUUCGCGCUGGACGUGGCCGAGGAGAUGCGCGUCCCGGCCUUGGUCUUCUGGACCACCAGCGCCUGCGGCUUCAUGGGCUACCUCCACUUCGCCGAGCUCAUCGAACGCGGCAUCGUGCCACUCAAAGAUGAGAGCUGCCUGAGCAACGGGUACCUGGACACGGAGCUGGACUGGGUUCCCGGGAUGCCGGGGAUCCGGCUGCGGGACAUGCCGAGCUUCGUGCGCACCACGGACAAGGACGACGUCAUGCUCAACUUCGACAGCCGCGAGGCGCAGAACGCUUACCGCGCCCAGGGCGUCAUCCUCAACACGUUCCACGCCGUGGAAGAAGACGUCGUAAACGCCUUCCGUGGCAUCUUCCCGCAGGGCGUGUACGCCGUCGGCCCGCUCCAAGCCUUCGCGGCAUCGGCAUCCCUGGCGCAUCCCGAGCUUGCCACCAUCGGCGGGAACCUCUGGACGGAGGACAUCAGCUGCCUGACAUGGCUGGACACCAAGGAGACCGGCUCCGUGGUGUACGUCAACUUCGGCAGCAUCACGGUCAUGUCGCCGGGACACCUGGCAGAGUUCGCCUGGGGCCUGGCGCGCUGCGGGCGGCCGUUCCUGUGGGUCAUCCGGCCGGACCUCGUGGCUGGGGAGAAGGCCGUGCUGCCGGAGGACUUCGUGAGCGAGACGAAAGGACGUGGGAUGUUCGCGAGCUGGUGCCCGCAGGAAGAAGUCCUGAGGCACCCGGCGACGGGGCUGUUUCUCACGCACUCCGGGUGGAACUCAACGCUGGAGAGCAUCUGUGCCGGGGUGCCCAUGGUCUGCUGGCCCUUUUUCGCGGAGCAGAUGACCAACUGCCGCUACGCGUGCACUACGUGGGGGAUCGGGAUGGAGAUUGGUAGUGAUGUGAGGAGGGAGGAGGUGGCAAGGCUCGUGGGAGAGGCCAUGGAUGGGGACAGAGGCAAGGAGAUGAGAGCCAUGGCGGAGAUGUGGAAGGAGAAGUCCGUUGCGGCGACGGAGGAUGGCGGGACUUCGAGCGUCGACAUCGUCCGGCUCGUCGAGUUCUUGCUUGCAGGAUGCGUUCCUGGAAGCUGACAUGUUGUCACGUUGUUGAUUCAGUCAGUCCUGAUGAAUGAUGGUUGUGAUGGGUAUAUGUGGGAAUCACAGUGUCAUUUUGGCAUGUUCAAAACUGGCGCGUCCAUAAUAAAUCUGGUCUGAGGAAACAAGACCCAAACAAUAUA